CUUUUUUCUUUAUUUUUUUUUAUGGCUAUGAACAGGCCAUUACUACUCUUUGCGUUUAUAUGGUGGACUCUAGUCACUUGCUGCUUGUGUCGCAUUUCACUAAACAAGGAGAUCAAUACGAACAAGCGGUUUACAAUCCAAUUUCGUUCGCCGCUCAAUGAUACGCAAGCUAUUCAUCAAGACAGAGAACGGUUCUUACGGUAUCUUCAAGCACAUCAUGUCAUUAACAAUAUCUAUAUCCGCUACAAUUACUCUGAUGCCUUUAACGGCAUGUCUAUCGAACUCAAGAACGACUUGAGUGCAACUUCUCUCAAUCAGACCACGACAGCCACUGAUUUCUUGGCUUUCACGCUUUCUAAAUGUCCCUAUGUUCAUCAGUAUUGGCCAGGAAAACGAUACAGUAGACCUAAUGCUAUUAUUGAACAAAAUUUGAUGGCAUGGAACAAAGAUGUUAGGUUUUCUAAGCUUGAUAAUGAUUCGUUUUUUAAUGAAAAGCCGUUGACUAUCGACGAAGGAUUAGCCAAUUUGCAGUUUGCUCAUAAGAUGACAACCGUCGAUAAGGCCAAAGAGAAAGGAUGGACAGGCAAAGGCAUCAAAGUGGGCAUUUUGGACACUGGUAUUGAUUAUACACAUCCUGCUUUAGGUGGUUGUUUUGGUGAAGGUUGCCUUGUUCAAUAUGGAGAAGACUUAGUGGGAGAUGGUUUUGGAAUGAAUGGUCAUAUUAAACCUGACAAAGAUCCUCUGGAUCAAUGCGAUGGACAUGGAACACACGUUGCUGGUAUUGUUGCCGCCAAUGAUACGUUCAAGGAGUUUGAAGGGGUUGCUCCAGGUGUUACCAUUGGAGCAUGGCGUAUCUUUGGUUGUAAUGGAGAUACAGACGAUGAUAUUAUUAUUGCUGCAGCGGAUAUGGCGGUAAAAGCUGGAAUGGAUAUUAUUAAUCUAUCCUUGGGUGGUGGCGUGAGUUCCUGGCAAGAGGAUGCAUUAGCUGUCACUCUUUCAAACAUAGCUCAGAAGAACAUUACUGUUGUCGUUGCUCAGGGCAAUGAAGGUCGAGAUGGGAUAGCAAGAACGCCUUCUCCCGCUAUCGGAAAGCAAGUCAUUGCAGUAGGAUCAAUUGAUAACCACAAGAAAUUGAGUCCAGUCAUCCAGAUCAUGAAUAACAACACACAAAUAAUAACAUUAGACUAUAUCAUAGCUCAAGGAAGAAAGUUUGUCAUAGAUGGACCAGAAUUGCCAUUGAUUUCAUUGUCCAACAAUGACUAUGGGUGUCAUACUGAUUUUCAUCAAAAUCUAACAGGCGCUAUUGUGAUGGUGAAGCAUGGUCAAUGCGACUAUGGUCAAAAAGCACUGUCUGUACAAAGAGCAGGUGGUAUAGGUAUCUUAGUCUAUUCUAAUCAUAGUUCCAUCAUUGCUCCUCCUUCCAUGACCAUCAGACCUUAUAGAAAUUCAGUCAGGAUUCCUGUUGCUUCCAUCAAUGAUCAAAGUCACCGUUUGAUUGUAAACGCUUACACGUCUUCUCAUCCUUUAUUUUUAAAGUUUACAACUGCCAUGUUAGAUAUCAAGACAAGAGGAAAAUCAUCUGUAUUUUCUACAUGGGGCCCUGAUCCAGAGCUUCAUUUCAAACCAGAGAUCUCUGCUAUUGGAGGAUAUGUUUACUCUACUUUCCCAGUGAAUAUGGGUGCCUACGCUAUGUUAAGUGGCACGAGUAUGGCUACUCCUUAUAUAACAGGAUGUAUUGCGUUGUUGAUGCAUGCUACAGGCGCAAGAGACCAAAAGACAAUCUUGGAUAGUCUAGUCAACUAUGCCAAACCCAUCAAAAAGCAGCCAGGUCUAUUCGAAUCGCCAGCAAAACAAGGUUCGGGAUUAGUUCAGAUCUAUAACUCUAUAUCAGGCGAUCAGCUAAUGACACCUUCCACGCUUGCUCUAAAUGACACCAUGUAUUUUUUAAAUUCAACAAUCAUCAAUGUUAAAAAUCGAUCCAAUCAGCCAAAACUGUUUCAACUUACACAUAUGCCUGCUGCUGCUAUUCAAGGCUACCACUUUUCUACAAGUGCUGUCCCGCAACUGGUACCGACCUACCUAAUCAGUGAUGCUAAAGUAACGUUCAGCCAAAAUUCCGUUCGACUGAAUCCCGACGAAAAUAUCAAUAUUCAAGUUCAAUUUACACAACCAUUGUCAAAUGAAACACAUUUAAUUUAUGGAGGCUAUCUUAAGGUAUCAUCAUCGGAUAUGAACACAAACGCAACACAUGAGUCUCAUAUUCCUUAUUUUGGUGCCUUGGGCAAUCAAAGAGAUCUUCCUAUAUUGGAUACAAAGACGGGAUAUCCUUUCAUUGGCGACAGUAACGGACAUAUUCUAAACACAAGUCUUGUUUAUAAUUUUGCAACCACAAAGCGUCAUUGGCAACCAUCUUCUGUUUUGCACCUCUAUACUCGACUGGGUAGCCCUACAGCCAUCAUCAAGUUUGAACUAGUCUCUGAACAAGACCAAGUUAUAGGUCAACUUUGGGACGGACAAAGCCAUUAUGUAUCAAGAAAUGAUCAUUCAAAUGAUUUAUAUGAUUAUGCCCUUGACUGGUCGGGUCGUAUUUUAGACAACAGGAACAAGAGCAAUGUUGCACCAAAUGGGUCUUUUAGAAUACGUGCAAAGGCUCUUAAGAUCUUUGGUCAUCCUGACCGUAUAGACGAUUGGGAAACUUGGCUUUCACCUAGUUUCCGAAUCAAUAGAAUAUGAUUGGAUUAAACUAAUUAUCUUGUGUUAUUUUCAUAUACGGGAAACGCUGGGACCAAAAGAAUUUCAGUCGUUUUCUUGGGUUUUAUUCGAUCUAGCCUGUUUUUCCCUUUUUUUUUUUCUGUCUCCACAACAACGUAGCACUCAGCCACUAGUUUUUACUUUGUAAUAGGUUGAAUAAAAC